AUGUCGGGUCAGACGCUCAGCGACCUGAUCGCGACCGUCUUCCUCCGCGCAGCCGACCCGCCACCUCCGCCACCACCUCAAGCAUUCGAUCCUCGAGCACCCGAGACAUCUACCUCUGCCUCUGCUUCCUCUUCCUCGUCCGCAGUCGACCCCGCCGAGGCGACGUUAUCCCUUCUAGCUCGAGCGCAGCAGCUGUCCGACUCGAUCGGCGUUAUCUCUCCCAACGACGCGUUGCGCGACAUCUCCACGUCUUCGCUCCGAACGCUCUUCCUGCCCUCGCUCCAGUCUGAACUGCAGACCGCCGUUCGAACGGGUACGGAUCACAGCGCUCGCAAACAGAGGCUCGCUUCGAGUCAACAUGCCGCCGCAACGUUUUUGAACCGCACCUUGGCGUUGGGUGUUGUUCCUCCAACGACCAAGCAGCUGCUAGGAUGGACGCUGGUCAACGUCCCCGCCAACGAGCUGACGGGUAUCGGGUUGGAUUCCAGCCUCACCUCGACGGGUGGGGCGGCGCCACACGCUAGAGAAGUCAAGAUCUCGCUGUUCAAGCUGGAACGUGCUCUCAAGAGCAACUUGGAACAGUUCCGGGAUGCCUACCAGGCAAAGAUCAAGCUUGACAGUCACGUCAAGGUUCCUUCGGAUGUGGGGUACGAUUUGCUGCUAUAUCCUAGGUCACGAUCUAGCGACGAUGACGAAGAAGAGGAUGAUGACGAUGACGAAGAUCAAGGUUUGGGUCAAGAAACUCCCGCCUCAGCACCAGGUGGAAUCUCCUCCGUCCGUCAAUACCUUCUCGCCCAACUCAACCUCCACUCCCUCAAAACAACCCAGUUGAUCACCUCUGCAAGUCAGGAACUUGAACUCCUACGAUCCCUACCCCCACCACCUCCCCCGAACUCUUCCCAACCCUCCACCUCCAACGCUGAAGAAUGGCGUCUCGACCGCAAUCCCUCCUCCCUCCCCACCACCGGCCCACUCCUAGCUCCCACCGGAAAAGUCCUCCGUCCCUUCACCAUCACCCCCUCCACCCGUUCCUCCAUCGCUUCCUCCGUCUUCCAACCUUCGCAUCGUCUUCCCACAAUGUCCAUCGACCAAUACCUCGAAGAGGAACAGCGUCGUGGCAACAUCAUCCAAGGAGGUGGUCAGGCGAGCUACGAUGCCCCCACCAGCACAGAACAGAGACAGCUAAGAGCCGAAAUGGAUGGAACACGCGAUGCGGAGGACGCGGAGGAGGAUCAGAGAACCAAGGAUCUGCAGUGGGAUGCGUUCAGUGAGGAGAAUAGGAAGGGUGCGGGCAAUACGAUGAACCGUGGGUAG